UUGUAAUCAUAUGAAAGGCAAGUAUUUAUGCGACACUUGUCUACAAAUUGUCGACAAUUUGUUUGCAAUCGACUAAACAAAACAUAGAAAAAGUGAAUAUAUGUUACAUAUUGUACUCAAUUGUAUUGAAUGUCUUAUUAAGUAAUCUAUAAUUAUAUGACAUUUAAAGCAAUGAUUGGUUUAUUUAGUGACCAAAUAUUGUGUCAAAUGAGUAGACAUUUGUGUCACACAAAGCACUGACGAGUCAACCAUUGAAGCACUCAAUCGUCACUACAAUUGAUCCAAUUUUUUAUAUCAUAUUUUCUUAAUAGUUAUUCAAAACAUAAAUCACUUUUACCUCAGAUUUAUCAUUCAAAUCACUGAAACAACUGUUUUCCCAUUUUUUGGUCAAUAGUUUAGAGCCAUUGAAGACAAUAUAAUAAUUAAAUUAAUUGAUAAUAUAAUAUAUGAAUACCUUUACGAUGGCCUCCAAGAGUACGACGACUCGCGAGCCGAAGACACCUUUAAAUCCAUUGAAUUCAAAGAAGUGGUAUUCAUUGACUCAGUCUUCUUCGUCCACUAGUACUGGAGGACGUUCGCCAUCAUUAUCUCCAGAACCAAAUUGUGCCAUUUGUUUGGGAAAAAUUGAAAACAAGUCUUUUGCUGACAAAUGCUUUCAUAGUUUUUGUCGUUUAUGUCUCUUUGAAUGGGCAAAAGUGAAGGCCGAGUGUCCCGUAUGUCGGCAAUCAUUUGACCGAAUUAUUUACAACAUCCGAGCGAUGGACGACUACGAUGAACAUGUGAUCCAAACGAGUCAUAGACCACGAGUGGGCCCUCAUUUUCAUCCGCCAUUUGGUUACCACGCUUUCUUCAACUUCGAGGGAAGUCAACGUUUCCGAUACCCGACAACAAUGACUCCAUUUCGUCGACAUAUGAUUGAUCUGCAAUUAAAUGAAUUGAAUCCCUCGGUCACCCGUUAUCACAAUUUUUCAAAUUUUCUACAAAUACUUGAUAACAGAAGAAUUCGGGAACAAAGGCUAAGAAAUGAUGAUUCAAGUAAUGCAAUCAAUAAUAAUAAUACCAUAAGAAAUAGUGCCACCCGUACGCACAGUCCAUCCAAUUCCCGAAACUCGCCACUAAUUGGUUUUAAUGAACGAUUUCGACUGCGAGGUGAAGACCCAAUGAUUUCUGGUCGAUAUCCUGCAUCUCGUGGUUGGACUCCUAGUUUUUAUCCCAAUCCACUUGAAUUAGAUAUAUUUCCACCACCAGUGGGUACUUCAGCGCAUAGACGAUAUGUAUACGAUUCUGACCUAUGGGUGUUGACCAACGGUGACGGAAAUACGAGUCGCACUCGGGAAGUGUCGGCGCGAUUCUUCUCUUCAAACCCCGCGUGUACUCAUAGAUUGAUUCCAUGGCUUAAUCGAGAAUUGAAUGCAAUUCUUCAAAACCCUAACGAAACAGAAACAUUAAUUCCGCGAAUUAUGAAUGCAUUGCUUAUGUAUGACAUAACAAGUGUUGGUUUCAAGAAAAUCAUUGCAACAUUUCUUCUAAAUAAAACUAAUCAUUUUAUUCACGAAUUCUAUAACUUUGCCCGAAGUCCACAUGAUAUGGAACAAUACACACGAUUAUCUAUUUAUGUUCCCCGACAUAGAGCUGAUAUUGUCGAUUCUGAAGCACUUCCCGUUCCCUUAGGAUAUCAUUUAGAUCCAGAUAUUGCUUCACCACCUAAUCGUAGAUCACAUCGAUCACAAACACCGGAUUCAAUAUCAAGUGAUGACUCGAGUAUCCAAAUAUUGGAUUGUCAUACACAGGAUAUCACUGGAAGUCCAUCAAAUUCUUCAGACAACGAUUUGCAACAAAAUGAUUCAUCAUUUAGUCCAAAUGUUUGGCAAAUUAAUAACGAAGAUAAUUCUGAUAGUUGUCGGUCAUCCACAGAGAUACGACAAUUGAUAACACCAUCGCCACGAAGCACACAAUCUGUUUGUGCGAAUUCAAAUAAUUUGAAAACAAAAGCUGUUAUUAUUGGCUCAUCUUCUGAUACGACUUCACGUGAAAAUAAUUCGGACGUAAUAUUAAACAAUAUUGACAUAAUUGAAGAUUUGAAUAAUCCUCAACCGGGAACUAGUGGUUUGUCACGAGGAAGAGAGACUGCUAACUCUAAAUGGUCUGAUAGUGAAACCACAGAUGUCGAUGUGGGCAAUGAACUCGAGGCUGCAAUCGCUCGAUUUGAGCGCAAUUACAAAUCGGAAGUGAAGAUCGAGACCAAUACCGAUAAUAAGAAAACUGAUGAUAACAAUGAUGACAACAAUUCUGAUUGUAGUAGUAGUUCUGUUCAAAUUGUUGGAUACGUUAAGCCAUUACAUGAAAGGACUCCAGAGUUUAUAGAUUUAAUUUCAUGUGAUGAACAAAAUGGUGUUAAAGACAAUAAAUAUAGUGAUAGAAAAGUUGAAAAAAGUAAAAGAAAUAAACAGAAACACAAAAAGCAUACAAGAGUUUGGUCGCCGUCUCAAAGUUUUGCCAACAAUUCUAAUGAUCCGAACGUUUGCACCACUAAUAGGAAAUACAAACAUAAGAACCGAAAUAAAGACAAAAAUAGAAGUAAAGAGAAGCAUAAAUACCGAUCACAUCGACGGUCAAAGCGUUCGCGCUCUUCAUCUACAACAUCGACAACGAGCUCAUCGACGAGUUCUUCGAGCAGUUGUGAAGAGUUGAGAAAUUUGACUAAAAGAGAGAAAAAAAGAGGACACAAACAUAAGGCUCAUCGAAAAUAUAAUUCAGAUACCAGACGAUUAAGAUCUUCACCAACAUUUGACAACAGAAGAUAUCUGGAGUCAAAUAAUAGUUUACAAACUGAUUACACAUAUUUUGCUAACAACUCUUCGGCUAAUAAUCAAACAACGAGGCCAUUGACGUUGAGCUCUGUUGUCAUACCUAAACAACCAAUUGAUGAAAAUCGUUUUAUGCGGUAUUAUAUAUACAGUGAUUCCGACUAACUUAAUACCGAUUCCCUGCAACUUAUACCCAUUC